AAAAAAAAAAAAAAAAAAAAAAAAAGAAAAAGAAAAAAAAAAAAAAGACAAGAUGCUCCGUCGCCCCUUAACAGUCCUAAACAUCACGGCCGAAGACAUAGCGUCGUAUGAAGACCGAGCUCUUGAGCGCCAAAAAGCCCGCGAGAUGGCUGCUCGCACACAAGCCCGUCAGGAUGCCAUGAGACGGGGUCACGGUCACUCGCAACCACUUCAGCAGCAACAACAACCACAACAACAACCCAGUGCAGGAGCGAGAAUAUUUGGAAGGGAACAUCCCGGUGUUGGGAAUGUUGGGGCAAGUGGUGGUGGGUUAGGCUUUGGUACAGGUGGUGGUGGCGGUGGUGCAAGGAUAAGCGAACAGUAUAUGGGUAUUGGUAACGAUGAAACAGAGAGUGAAGAAGAAGAAGAUGCCGGUGACGAAAGCUACUAUGCGCAGCGCCAUGCGCAGAGACAGGCGAGGAUGAUGGAGCAGCAGCGGGAGGCGGCGCAGAGACAGGCGGCGCAGAGACUUGCGCAGCAACAGCAACAACAACAACAACAACAGCAAAGUCAGGUUCAAGUGGAAGAGAGGACGGCGACCACAGCACAAACCUCCAAUAACACCACGGCCGGUCGAAGGGGUGAUACGACCGGUACUAGAGCACCACCAGCCACAGCAGCUGGAGGGAGACAACCACGCGGCCAUCAUUCACGCACGGCGGCAGUCACACCCACUGGACCAACGACAACAGCAACGGCAGUGGAAACCCCAUCUGCCAUGCCAGGAGGAGGAAGAGGAAGAAGGGGACUGCGCGGAGGCACCACAACAACACCGGGACCAACACGUGCAGGACAACAGCAAACCCCGGCUGCCACAGGACCACAACACGACGGCGCCCAAGAAGAAGAAGCAGGAGACGAAACAGAAGCAGAAGAAGAAGAAGAAACCCAACGACUCGACCAAAGAGGAGGAGGAGGAUACGGUGGUUACGCAGGGGAAAUGGACCUUGACAUCAACACGCACAUUCCCUUUAUUUCCUCCUCCGCCGAUGACAACAACAACAACAACAUGGAAGGAAUGGAAAUGCUUCUCCCACCUGGUUACCACCUGCACGGCGGCUACGGUCUGCAAGUUGAAAGCCAUGAGAUCCAGUUCCAUACUCCCCCCGUCGCAGCGCAGUCUGGGAACCAGGUGAUUGCUACGCCGCCGCCGCCGCCGCCGCUGGCUGUGAAUCAACUUCAUCAACAACAACGUGCCCCCCACCCUCAAGCUUCUUCUCAGUCCCAUCAACACAGUCACCAAACAACACACCAUAACCAACAACAACAACAACCGCAACAACCGCAACCCCCUCACCAAAACACCCACACCCACACAAACACAAACACAAACACAAAUACCACCCGCCGCCACCGCCUCUCCCAAUCCCAAAACAUUCCCCCUCCGACGAUUCCACCCACUCCAGUUCCCCGCACAACCACCACCACAACCACCACAACCACAACAACAACCCCCGCCCAGCGCGUCGCGGCCCAACAAGCCCACCAACGUGCCGCCGCUCAACAAGCCUCGGCCCUCCGCGCCCAAAGAAGGAGAAUGGCCAUGGAAGCGGACGAGCAAGAGGGGCUGUACGCUCGUUUGACGAGGGGCCAUCCUUCCUUGUCCGUGCCAUCUACUACUACGACGGCUGUGCCUGCUGCGGGGGGUUCUUCCGGUGUGGUUACUACGCCUGAAGGACAGGUUGGUAAUGCCGAUGGUGGUGGUGGUGGUGGAGGGAGGACUGCUGCGGCUCAGGGGAGACGGAGAGGCUAGAAUGGUUGGUCACAAAAAAAUAGUUCAGGUUGGGGAGGGAGGGAUGGAUGGAUGGUUGGUUGGAUGGUUGGUUGAAUGAGGUAAUCUAUAGUGCUGGUCUGAUCCGGAAUACCUACCCUGAAAAAAUGAUUUCAGCGAACACCGUCAUGACAGUCCUUAGAUUUGGUAAUUGCAGUGUAGAUUUUAUCACCUUGCUUCUUGCGCCUAUCCAUCUAUACCUACAACACCGCUUGCUUUUCAUCCGCACCCAAACAUUUAUCUCCGCUGAAUCUGUCCGUCCAUUACCAUGUUUCU